AUGGCUCAUAGUUUGACCGCGCAGCUAGAUUGUGGCAGAGAUGUAGCGGAAGAGAUCUUGUGUUUUUUGAAUCGAGACAACACGUCAAGGGACGGUGAGGAACUGACCUCCGCCGGGAUUUCCGCAGCCGUCAACGAAUUCCUGGCAUUCUUGAGACAGCAGAGUCGAACUGCUUUCGAGGAUGCGCCGAAUACGGCAGCGUCCGUCACGCCGUCACAGGCGAAAAUCGUCUCACAGACAAGUCAAGUCCCACAGUCACAACCGGAGCUCCCUCCGGAGAAGCCAAACGCGGUCAGACCGAAACGCGUCGAUUUACAGAGGAUCUUACCUGCAGAGCUCACUUGUAAAUCGCCCGAAAGAGACUUCGUGGUGUCCAACGACGACUUCCCGUCGCUUGGCGACACUACGACGCCCAUCAAAAGCAAACAGUCUAGCAGUGGUCCUCUACAAUCGACACCGGUCCCGACGAAAGGGAAUCUCGAAAUCGCGAACGCGCCCCUAGUUCUCGAGGGAAUUUUCAACCGCUCGCUCCCGAAGAGUGGACGGAAACGGGGGAAACGAGCAUCGUUGAUCUCAAUAACGACACAAACGCAGCCGAACCUCCAUGCUCCAGCGCAGUCGGACAGUCCGAAGAAGAGAAUCGCGCCAAUACCAGUCAAGAGAUGGCAGCAGGCCUCAGAGGAAAACUUCAUAUCUGCUCAGGUGAGCAACUCACCGAUGGAAGCAAUGAAGCACCAGAGGGAAGUGGUCCGGAGCAUUAACAAGGAGACCAACGUGGGCCAGGCCGAAAGUUUCGACAUCCCGAAAAUGAGUACCGUUUCUUCAGUGGACGUACUCGAACGUCUCGCUCAGCUGUACGCGCGGUGCAUCUGCCGGAAUCUAGUCCCGAACCUUUUCCUGGAGCUCUCGUUUCUCAUGCAGCUGCUAGUGAUCAGGAUCACGGAGCGAAAUUCUCGAUCAGAUAUCUUGCUUGGAUCGGCGAGUAACUGCGGAUACUUCGCUGUUCAGACUAUAUCCCACUGCCGGCCUCUGCUCGAUAUUAUGGAGCCGUCGACUUUGACUCUGAUGAAGAAUAUUCCUCAUGUGGCGGCCAUGUCCUCUAGUCUCCACGUGAUCCUGUGUGAUCUCUGCAGCCGGGAGCGGAAUUUCUCUUUGCUUCGGACCAGUUUUCUCCAGGGAGUUUCUUUCGACGCAACUGUUGAUAGCUCUGAGAACUUCCCAAACACCAGGCUGUUUGGAGCUUUCCGCAAACAACGAGACGCCUUCUACGAUCUACUGAAGGAAUGGCAAAAGGUCACUUUCAGUCACCAUCACAAAGAACUCGACUUCAACUCUAGAGUCGCUGCGAUUUUCGAUCUCUCGAUGGAUCCUUGCAACCUGCUUCAUCUCGCGAAAUUAUUCGCUCUUCAGAUGAUUGCGACUUGCUGCGGAAACCCGGACAGCGGCGAUUUGAGCAGCACCUCAGAGUGUACCCUCCGAGAUCUGCGGAACAAGUGUCCGGAAAAGUUCUCGGAGCUUCAGAGUCGUCUCGAAAAACCAGGAGCAUCGUCAGCGGGUUCAACCCAGCAUGAAUUCACAGGACAACAAGCCUUUUUCUAUAAGUUCGUUCUGGCGGCCAGCAGAGCUCAAUUCCACGAGCAUCUAAAGAACGUGCUCGUUUCCCACAUCGUCGAGGAAGACCACUUCGACGUUUUUCCCGAAGACGCCGAUACGAGUAUCGACAGUCAGGUCAGAGAAGAACUGUACACCCUGCUGUAUCGGAUGCGACUCUACGGGGCGUUCUUGGGUCUGCUCGAAUUUUUACCUUACGUAACGUCGAGUGAAAACAACCCACAAAUCAUUGAAUCUCAGCGUUCGGCACGACAGUAUACUCCCCCGCGGAUAGAUGUCGAGCGCCUCUUGAGGGGGGCCAUCGAGGGGAAGCGUCUGCUCCCGACCUUAUCUUGGAUCUCUACGUAUUUAUCGAUGGCCGAUACUGCGGUGGGGAGUUUGCCGAUUUUCAAAGGCGCCCUCGACCUGCUGAACACGACAUUCUUGUCUUGUGAGAAGAGCCGGCCUUUCUUCAUCCUGGUCAGAUUAUUGAUCGGGUGGAUUUUCCAAAAUCUUCACAUUUCCGUGAAUUUCAACUCCUCCAGGAUACCUCUCAGCGUCCCGCCCGAAAUCGAAGCCUUUGUUGAUGCCCAGCUCAUUCACAUGUUGUGUCCCUUCCUGGCGAGCUUGAAGCCCAUCCUCGCCGAAUACUAUUGUAUGCCCACAAUCGAAGCUCGCAAGAUCGUCCCGCUGACGAGACCGGACUCCGCGUUCGAGCCAAACGGUGUAAUUUCGAAAUUGGAGGACGCCUUCUACUUCGGGCACUCGGCAUCUGUGAAGAAAACCUUGAAUUUCGUCGUUGAGAGGGUACCGGCCAAUGUCGUGAAAUCAAUGAAGCCCGUGCUAGUGAAACAGUUCCGAGAAGAGGUUAAGAAAGAGAUCGAAGAGCUCACACGAUUCGGCGAAGAACCCACUCCCCAACUGAUGGAUACGCUCUCAGUGAACUUGUGUCCGAGGUUUCAGCUGAAGGCUGAGAAUGUGAUCAUGCCGGCUUGCGACGAAAAAGCCGCCAAACUACUCGACGAACUCCUGAAAGCCGAGUGCACCAAAGAAGGAAUGCUCGUCGCGAAGAAACUCUGCGCCAGACAGUAUCAUGUACGGAUUCUUCAAUGGAUACGGUGCCAUAUCUCCAAAGACUACAUCCACAAAGAAGUGAAAGAAGUUUCCGCGAACGCUCAGGAGAACUCCCGAGACGACGGCAACGACUUCGAGAACCGAGCUCUACAAAGCCACUGUGCUAGCGCAUCUGUCAACUACAUCAUAGACUCAUUGGAGGAACUACUCCGUAAAAUCUUGGUAGGCGAAAUUCCGUCGUGGCGAGCUUGUUUGGAAGAAACAAAGCGCACAAUGCAGAUGAGGAAAGAAUGGAAACCGGCGCCAUGGGAGGCUGUUUGCCGUAUGCUUGUUGAUCUCGGCUCGCUGUCUAUCGCCAGAUACGUGGACUUGAGAAUUGUGAACGCAGUUAUCGACAUUCUCUGCGAAGUCAACUACGAGUGGGGUCACCAUUUUGUGGACUCCCCGAGAAAUCAGUAUAUUAUCGAGAAAUUCUGUGAUCGGGAUCCGAGUGCAGCCAAAAAGCUCCUCUCGGAUUACCAAAACAAACUCAAUGCCUUGGAGGAUAGCGUUCCCUAG